CGCACAUCGCACAUCGCACAUCGCACAUCGCACAUCGCACAUCGCACAUCGCAUCUGCUCAUCUGCUCAUCUGCUGUGGCCAGCCCGUCUGCAAAGCUUUCCUCCAUCACAGAUCUUGCUGAGCAUACUCGAAUCAUGACGGCCGCCAAGCACAACGUUAUCGAAAUCAUUGCCGAUGAUCAGUUCAACACCCUCAGCUCCGACGCCAUCGUCACCGUGGCCAACUUCCAUGCCACCUGGGCCGACAUGUGCAAGGACAUGAACGAGGUCUUUGAUGAGCUGUCUCGAAAGUUCCCUAACCUCCAGUAUCUCAAGAUCGAAGCUGAGGAGUUCCCCGAAAUCUCCGAGAAGCUUGAGAUCUCGUCCGUCCCGACGUUCAUCUUCAUUAGCUCCGGAAAGGAACUCGAUCGGGUGGAAGGUGCCAACGCUCCCAAGCUCACCAGUUUGGUUGAGAAGCACUCUUCCAAGGCCGCCAGCUUGGCCUCAGAGAGCAGCUCGGGCGUCGCCAAGAAGGAUCUCAACACUCGCCUCAAAGAGCUGAUCAACUCGAACAAGGUCAUGCUGUUCAUGAAGGGCACUCCCCAGCAGCCCCGCUGUGGCUUCUCGCGAACAACGAUCGAGCUCCUGACUCAGGUCGGCUGUCCCUAUGGAAGCUUCAACAUUCUGGCCGACGAAGAGGUCCGCCAAGGCUUGAAGGCGUACAGCAACUGGCCCACGUUCCCCCAGAUCUACGUCGAUGGCGAGCUGAUCGGCGGCCUCGACAUUCUGAAGGAGAUGAUUGCCUCGGGUGAUUUCCAGGCCAUGGUGCCUCAAGAGGAGGAUCUCGAGAGCAAGCUCAAGAGGCUGAUCAACUUGGCCCCUGUCACGGUUUUCAUCAAAGGCACUCCUGAGGCCCCGAGAUGCGGAUUCUCCCGACAGAUUAUUCAAAUUCUGAACGAGCAAAAUGUCAAGUUUGCAUCGUUCGAUAUCCUGUCCGAUGACGAAGUCCGCAGCGGCCUGAAGACCUUCUCCAACUGGCCCACCUUCCCGCAGCUCUAUGUCAAGGGGGAGCUGAUUGGCGGCCUGGAUAUUGUGAAGGAGCUGGUUGAAAACAACGAAUUCCAGGAGGCUGUUGCGGGCGCCCAGUGAGGCCGCCAUGGAAUGCGAAAUGUUGUAGCGCUGAUACUGAAUCCGCCAAAGGAUGAAGAUCCGUGACAUGGCUUAUAGCUCGCAAGCUGAGCACCACAAUCCGUAUGCAGCUGAUUAUGAGCGCAGACUUGUCCAUCAUCGCGCUCCCAACGACAUCCGCCCCGGCCACUUUGCAAAAGUGGGACUUUCUGAAUAUACUGUGUAUACAGCGCCUCGUAUAGAAAAA